AUGCCUCACGCCCUCGCUCUGGACCGCUCGCAGCCUGCUCCCGUCUACCCGCCAGCCCGCACCCACAAGCCCCAGCACGAGCAGCUGCCGCUGCGGGACUCCCGCUCUCUGUACGCUCCCGGCGAGAGUUGGCAGGCACGGCCAAGCGCACUUGGCAACCCUGCCGCCCCUCCCGUCGACAUGACCAGCGUACAGCGAGGCCACAAUGCCUUGCCGCAACCUGCCAGCAGCUAUGCUGUUCAAAGACCCGGCGAUGCCGCCUUUGUCACCAAGCCGCAGCAUGUCCACCAAGCUCCGGAAGCAAACACCAAAGCCAUGACUGCCUCUCUCAGGCCCGCCUACCAAAACGGCCCUCAGCCCGUCUACCGCCCGCAGAGUCCGUCCGCCCGCGGCAGCAGCAACAACACCACCUCCGAGGACUACCGCAAUGCGAGGAGAGCUUCAAACCAAGCCAUUGCUGCUUCACUGCAGAUUCCCACGUCGAUCCUCACCCCGCAGACCAGCAUGCCUCAGCUUGCUGCUGAGAUUACGUGCCUCUUCUGGUUUGAAAACUCUUCCACCCUGCACCAGGCCCUGGAUUCGUUAGCGCCGCCGCCGACUGGCCUCGUCCCUGACGCACAGCCUACCACGGGUUUCCGAAAAUGGGUCACGACCAUACUCUCCACUACGCAGGUCACGCAAAACGUGGUGAUCCUCGCCCUCCUGUUCAUCUAUCGGCUCAAGACAAUCAACCCUGGAGUUAAGGGAAAGCCCGGUAGCGAGUAUCGGCUGCUUACCGUGGCAUUGAUGCUUGGAAAUAAGUUUUUGGACGACAACACGUACACAAACAAGACUUGGGCGGAUGUUUCCGGGAUUUCGGUUCAAGAAGUGCACAUAAUGGAGGUUGAGUUCCUGAGCAACAUGAAGUACAACUUGUUUACUUCUGCCGAGGAGUGGAGUGAGUGGCAUGUUACGCUUGGCAGGUUUGGAACGUUCUUUGAGAGAGCUUCUCGGGCACCCUCGGAAGCAUCCUCCAGAGCACUUGGCCCUCCUACUCCGACCCUUCGCGUGCCUCCGAACCUUCCGUCGCCGCCGCAUUCGACACAGGCCUCGCCUCCCUUCCUCAAUGGAUUCUCGCCGAACAACAACAACUCGUACUCCAACACGCCGACACUGUUGCCUCAAAUCAGCUCCGCAGCUGUUUCCCCGAUCGGACCAUUGCCCGAGCUCAACCUGCGGCCUGGCUCAAGAAAGCGUAGUUAUGACGAUCAGGCGCAAGAACCGGCACCGAAACGGGCAUUGAGGCACUUUGCCCCAACUGAAAACCAGCCUGCAUACGCAAGCGUUCCUCCCCAAUCCGGCCCAACUCAACCAGCUGCUCCUCACCCAACGACGAGUAUUCCUCCGAUGCUGCCGCCUCUCCCCAACCUGUCUGUUCCUCAGCUUCCGCCUCCGAACACCAGGUCGAAUUCGCUGGUCUACCCUCCCCCAAUGCAAUGGUCCCAGCCGUCGUCGAUGCCUCCGGCUCCCGCCGCGACGCUUCCGCCUGCGCUCUCGAUCCCGCAGUCCCAACCGUCUGCACCCGGGCCUUCGCGUCAGCUGAGCCCGUUGCCUACCGAAUCUGCCGCAAGCUCACCGUUGCACCCUGGGUUCGGGCCGGGCGCUCCCAAGCAGAACAGGCUUUCUCCCUCUUUCUAUCUCUCACAACGCAGCUCGCCUUACAGGCCCGUCAGAACUGUGAAUACGCUUUUGGUUCCUCCGCCAUCGACAUCGAUUAGCCAUCCUCCACGCCUUGGCUUUGACCAGAUGCAGUACCAGCCACUUGGCAGGCCGUCGAACGAGCGCCGGCUUGGUCCUUUGCCUUACAUGAACCACGACGCCUGGCCCACGACGAACCAAUUCAACCAAUGGCCUGUUCUUCCCCAGCCGAAUUUCUCACGAUAG